UUCUGUUAAUCUUGAACCCAUUUCCUCGGAAACCAUUGAGCACAGAAUUGGAGAAAAGCCUCUAGCGUUAAGGAAUUCUGAUCUUGAUGAUGGUAAUGAGGUACAAUUGGACUUGCCAAAGAGCCCAUGGGUAUAUAUGGCAGAUAAUGUGCUUAAAGACCUACUUGAGUCUUUUGAAAUUGUGAAGGAGGAAGCGAAGUCCCCAAAGUUUGAAGAUCUAAAGCCUACAUUGGUUGCUCGAGUUGGAAAAGUUCUUUUCCAUAGGACCCCUUAAGUUACCCUGGAAUCUCUCGGAGAAAAUUUGACUACUGCAAUGUUGAAAAAUUGGAAGCAAAGAUCAUUUUACACAAAUGUUCCUGUUUCGUAUACAGAGAAGAUUGUAAAUGAAGUUGUCCCGAAUAUUGGAGUUGCUUUUGAAUCGAAGAAAGAUAUAUACCAAGUAGAGUUGGCUGAUUCAACAAAGCCAGACUCAACUCUCUCCUGCAAAUGCAGUGUGAAAGAUGGAAAGCUACAACUGCAGAAGGUCGAACUAAACCAAGUGCGUUGUAUGGUGGUGGACAUAUCCAUCCCUAAUAAGAAUCUGGACCUGAGACUGAUGUUAAACAUGAAGAGAGUUUUAACAAGUCAGACUGAUGAUGAGAUGCAGAGCAUUAGGAAUCUGGUCGAUUCUGCGAUUACAGAUCCAGAUGUGAAGGGCGGGUUGAGAUGGCCCCUGGAGAAGACAUCGUCUGGAAAGUACAAUGUCAUUAAGGUUUGGCACGUAAGAGCUAAAGCAUAUAAAAAUCAGUCAUUAAGAUUUAAGGUCAGGCAUGCCAAUCGAUUUGAUUUCAGAACCUCAAGUGGGGAAGCAUCUUGGGAGACCAGUCUGAGGCUGAAAAAGGUUGAAUCAGAGUUAAAGGAAGAGAAGGUUGAUGUCAGCUCGGUUUCUGAGAUGCUGGAGGAAAAUAUGAAGUUCAUCUGGGACAACUUCUUAACCUGUGAAAGCUUUCUCACAUGA